AUGACGGUCUUCAUUGCGUCUUUGUUCCUCCCAUAUACCAUCGAUUUCCAGGUGACGGAGCCCAAGAAUGGACAUCACGGAUCCUUGUCUAGCCAUGCAAAUCUCGAUGGUCCUGGAUCUAUCGUUGGGCGCCUAUCGGAUACCUAUUUUCUAACUCGUCCCAUUGGCUGUCUCCCACUGACACCUGGAGCCACGACAGAAGACGAGACGGUCUUCAAAGGAUAUACUUGGCGGUUAGCAGAUGAGAUUCCGAUUGCCAAUGACCGAUUAUGGCACGGCCCCAGCGAGCCCCGUGCCAUUCACUGGGGACACAGCCGGAGGUUUAAUCAGCCUUUGUCCAAGGCGACAGAUCCUCCAACACCGUCCAUUUCGACGAGAAGGGACUUGUCAUUGGAUGGAUCACAGGAUAGAUGGGACAUGAAAUACUACAAUAACACACGAGCCUCGCUCUCCAAUGCUAACUGGGUCGUCAAGGCCGCCGAACAAGGGCAUGGAGGUCUACAAAAUGCCAUACACGCUGCUGAAAAGUCCAACUUGCUCAAGGACAAGACUUGGGUGGGAACUCUGGGCAUGCCUACCGACUCAUUGACAGACCCCACCAGGGCGGACAUUGCCGAGACCCUCCAGGAUGUGUAUGAUUCGUUGACUGUGUUUGUGAGUGACGACGAGUUUGAGGGUCAUUACACCAAUUUCUGUCGCGCGGUACUUUGGCCAGCCCUCCAUUAUCAGAUGCAAGAAAGCCCUCGACAUACUGAGUACGACGGCUACUCUUGGGUCCAAUACCUCAAGCUCAACAAGGCAUUUGCAGAAACAAUCAUCAAGUACUGGAAGCCGGGUGAUAGAAUAUGGGUUCACGACUAUCAUCUUCUGGUUCUUCCUGGUCUUCUGAGGGAAAGGUUACCCCAGGCCGAGAUUGGAUUUUUCUUGCAUACCCCAUUUCCUUCCUCCGAAAUCUUCCGUUGUUUGACUCCACGCGAAGAACUGUUGGAUGGGCUUCUCGGCGCUGAUUUAAUCGGAUUUCAGACAGAGGAAUACUGCAACCACUUCCUUCACUCCUGCAGCCGGCUGAGGAGACUAGAGGUCUCUGCCAAUCAAGUUCACCUCAAUGAUCGGUACGUUAGUCUUAUGAAUUCUCCAUUGGGGAUUGACCCCAUGUCACUCUACAUAUUACGCCAAUCCACCGAGGUCAAGGGUUGGAUACACAGCAUCGGCCAUAAAUAUCAAGGGAAACAUCUUAUUGUAGCGCGGGAUCGACUGGAUGCGCCCGGAGGGAUUAAGCAGAAGCUUCUGGCAUAUGAACUUUUUCUCAAGACCUAUCCAGAAUGGAGAGAGCAAGUGGUUCUAGUCCAAGUAAUGUCGUCUGCAUCUGAGAUCCCAGAGCUAGAGGUACAGAUCUCAAAAAUCGCAAUGAGGAUAAAUGCAACAUAUUCAACCAUCACUCAUCAGCCCUUGGCCCUGGUCCGGCAGGACAUCAGUCACUUUCAAUUCAUCGCCCUCUUAAGUGUUGCACAUAUCUUCAUGGCCACCAAUCUGCGUGAGGGGAUGAACUUGACCAGCCAUGAUUUCAUCCAUUGUCAAGAUGGACAACUUGUCUCCCAGAAACAUGGAUCCCUGAUCCUCAGUGAGUUCGUGGGUAGUGCCUCCAUCUUUCGUGGCCAUAAGCUUCUCGUCAAUCCGUGGGACUACCAACAAUGUGCCGAUGCAAUCAAAUCCGCACUCGAGAUGACACCGGCGGAGCGGGAACUUGACUGGAAUUUUCUUUUCAAGUGCAAAUCCCCCUAUACUUCUCUCAAAUGGUAUAUGGGGCUACAAGAUGCUCUCACAAAAGCCCAUGAAAUACAACAAAUCCAUCAGACAAACCACCUCUCUCCGCUUUCACCUAAUGACUUGAAAAGGUCAUACCUCGCCGCCAGAGCACGAAUGUUCUUUUUAGAAGACGGCGCGAUCUUCGGCCCAGCUUUCGGCACAGAAGAGUCUCUUCCCUCAAACGAAGCAUGCGCAACUCUACAAACACUCAUAGACGACCCCAAUAACAUCAUAUACAUAAUCAGUAACCGGAGCACCAAACAGCUCCAAGACGCACUCGAAAAACUCCCCCGGAAGCUCGGUUUUAUUGUCGAGAAGGGAUGUUUCCUUCAAGAACACGAAACGGAUCUAUGGAUUCCAUUUGUGCCUAAAAACGCCAUGAAAUGGCGUCCCGGUAUCAGAAAGAUGAUGGAGUAUUUCCAUGAGCGAACAGAAGGUAGCCGAAUCGAGGAACGCCGCUGCUCCCUAACAUUUCACUACGAUGGCACGCUCGACCGCGAAGUAGCCGCUCGCCAGGCCUCUGAGCUAGCCGAUCAAAUCAACGGUGCACGCGGGCGCGCAGAUUACCAUGUCGUCCGCGAGGCAACAUUUGUGAGGGUUGAACCACCACACGCUGCCCUUGGAAAUAGGAGAGUGGCUACCUAUAUUCUAGACCAUCUCCCUAAUAUCAAAUAUCCCGAGUUUCUAUUCGCAGCUAGUGGUUCUCGUAGUAGUGAGGUGCUGUUUCGAUGGGCAAAUGAGUUGGCCGUUGCCCCUGUUGCUUCUCGCUUUGAUAAAUCUGAACUUGGGAAAACGCUCCACGUCACCACCGUGACGACUAGCACGCAUGCUACUGAGGCGAGGUCGGUGUUGCCGCCUGAUUGCUCGCUUUUGGAUAUUUUGGGUGAAUUGUCGAGUUUCACGUCCAAUGAGGAGGAGACUAAAUGA